CCAUUCCCCUGUAUACUCAAUUUUGUGAACAACUGUAUAUUAUUAAAUAUAUUUUUUAGGCACUUUAAGAAAUGGAUUACGCUGUAGCACAGCAAAAUCUUUUUUAAGACCCAUAAAGAAUAGAAAAAAUCUCCAUGUCACCUUAAACUCAAUGGUUGAAAAAAUAUUAAUAGAUGAAUCAACAAAACAAGCUUAUGGCGUAUUAUUAAAUAAAUUUGGAAUAACACGAGAAAUAUUCGUCUCAAGAGAAGUCAUUUUAUCAGCAGGAUCUGUGCAAUCUCCUCAAUUAUUAAUGUUAUCAGGAAUAGGACCACCUCAACAUCUUCAAUCCGUUGGAAUUAAACCGAUUGUGUCUAGUUUGGGAGUUGGAAAAAAUUUGCAAGAUCACGUCGCGAUAGGUGGCCUAACAUUUAUUAUCAACAAAAAUAUUUCUUAUCCCACAAUUCUUGAAGUAUUAAAUACAGAAUCAGUUGAUAGUUUUAUUCGUGAUCACCGUGGUCCUGCUUAUUGGAUGGCACCCUGCGAAGCAAUGGGAUUUUUACACACAAAAUUUUCAGAUCCAACUGUAGAUAAACCGGAUAUACAAUUAUUUUUUGGUGCUUUCGGUGAUAAUUCAGAUGGAGGCUUAUUUAUAAAACGAAUGGAAGGAUACAGAGACGAUGUUUAUAAAGCUAUGUUUGAACCGAUUUUUGAUAAAAAAACUUUUACUAUCAUCCCAUUGUUGAUGCGCCCACAAAGUACCGGAGAAAUUUUACUAUACAACAAAAACCCAAAUUCUCACCCAUUAAUUUAUCCGAAUUAUUUCGCUUCCGAACGUGAUUUAGAAAUACUCGUCGAAGGUGCAAAAGAAGCAUUAAAAAUUGUUUUAAACACAAAUAUUAUGCAAGAAUUAAACGUUGAACUCAAUCCAAAUCCUAUCCCUGGAUGCCCGACGGAUGAUACCCGUUCCGAUUUAUAUUUAAGAUGUUUAGCACGAAAAUAUACAAUGACUAUUUAUCAUCCAAGUGGAACGGUGAAAAUGGGACCGGAUAACGAUGAAAUGGCUGUCCUUACACCGAGAUUAAGUGUAAGAGGUGUGAACAAUUUAAGAGUUGUGGAUGCAUCAAUUAUGCCUAAAGUGGUGACCGGAAAUACGAAUGCACCUACAAUAAUGAUUGCUGAAAAAGCGAGUGAUAUGAUAAAAGAAGAUUGGGGUUUUGGUGGUGAUUUUAAUUUGGAUGAUGAAAAGAAUUUUGAUGAUUUUGUGGGGAUGGCUCGAUUAGAAAAAAUUGUUAAAAAAAUUAAAAGUAAUUUAGAUUAUUGGUAAAAAACAGUUAUAAAUUUAAAUUAUAUUAUUCAUACCUGGGUUUAGAUUGAAUUUUAGAAUCGGAUUUCCUUCGGCGAUUAUUAUUGGUGGUUGAUUACAGUUUCCGAAACUUAUUUUUAAUAGUAUGAUAUAAAACAGUAAAAUGUUUGCACUGUUCUUAGAAAGUCGCGUCAUUUUUAGUAUAAAUUCUAUUGAAACUGAAGGUUUUUGUUAUAAAUUGUAUACGUUUACUA